ACAUUUUUAACUACGAAAACUUGUCAAACGCAUAGUUGUUUAUCAUUCUUCAACUUCCGCUUUCAACUGUCGUUAGGCUGAGUUCACGGAUGCCGUGACUAGACGACUAAUGUGGUGGGGAAAUACACAUGUCAGUUUCACAGAGACAGCCUCACGCAACACCUCGUGACUGCAUGCAAAAAUACAUUUAUCAGAUGUUUUUCACACGUUUUCACCCUUGAGAAACUUUUGUUUUUAAGACCAGCUACUGGAUGAGUGCGUCAACCCUUUGUAGACACUUGGUCUCCAUGUGGUGCUGGUGGAGGUACAGAAGGCUGGUAUGAAAGAGGCUCUUGGUUCUUCUGCGUCAUGGAGCCUUCCUGACAGAGCCUCAGUGCUGAGGCAGCUCUCCCAAAACACAAAGCCCCCUGCAGCCGCUAGAAGGCCCAGCCCGGCCACCCCGCUCACAAACACCCCUGCAGAACAAAGAGCUGCCGCUUUCCAGAAGGCCUGGUGACCAUAAAGGGCCCGGAGCCGCAGCUCUCUGGCUGUUUACAACACAGGUCGUUGCAGCUUCUUCAUCACACCUCCAGCCUCACCACACCAUGCCUCUUCCUCGACGCCGAUCCUCCUUCCUGGGGCAGCCCUCCUCCCCCAGCGCCCCGACCGCCAACGCCGCCGCCAACGCCGCCGCCGGCAGGAUGGGCUUCGCGGCGGGCGGCACCACGGCCCCCCGGGGGGUAUUUGUGGGCAGCGCGCCCCACAUGGGCGUGGCGUCCUCCGGCCUGGGGACGCGGGUGUCGCGCCGCGCCCUGGGCAUCAGCAGCGUGUUCCUGCAGGGCAUGCGGAGCAGCGCCGUGGCGGUGGUGCCGCGCGCCGGCGAGCGCGCCCACGCCGGGGCCUCACAGGGCCUCAACGGCUGCCUGAUGGAGUACCGGGACAAGGUGCGGGCCCUGGAGCUGCUGAACCAGCAGCUUGAGGAGCAGAUCCGCCUGGGCCUGGACCGCAAGGCCUCCAGCGCAGGGUCCUGGGGGGCCCUGAGGAGGGACUGGGAGGACGUCUACAGACAGGUGAGUGAGGCCUUUCUGGACAACGCCAGGCUGAUGCUGCAGACGGAGAACGUCCAAGCCAGCGCUGAGGACUUCAAGGACAGGUAUGACAACGAGCAACCCUUCCGGAAGGCUGUGGAGGAGGAGAUCAGCUCUCUCUACAAGGUGAUGGAGGACGCCCGCGAGACCCAGGCUGACCUGGAGCAGCAGAUGGAGAACAUGAGAGCCGAGAUCCAGGACCUAGAGCAGAACCACGAGGAGGACGUCAGGGUUCUGUACCACCAGAUGGCCGGCCUUGAUGUGGACGAGUCAGAGGCUCCGAUCCAGACCAACCUGGACCAGAUCCUGGCCUACAUCAGGUCCCACUGGGAGAAGGUCAUCGAGAGGAACCGCGCCGAGACCGACAACUACCUGGAGUACAAGCAGGAAGGCGGUCUGGGCGGUAAGAUGAGUCGCGGGCAGGAAGAGAUGGAGGGCCUGAAGACCCAGUGUUCAGAGUCGGGCUGCAAGAUCCAGUCUCUCCAGGCCGAGACAGAGUCCAUCAGAGCCCUGAAACGAGGACUGGAGAACUCGCUGAGCGACGCCAGGCACUGGCACGACAUCGAGCUGCAGAACCUGGGCUCCGUGGUCGGCAAGCUGGAGGCGGAGCUGAGCGAGGUGCGCGGCGACAUCGACCAGCAGCGCCGCGACUACGAUACGCUGAUGAGCAACAAGACUCGCCUGGAGCAGGAGAUCGGCGCCUAUCACGGCAUCCUUGACUGGGAGGAGAGACGCUACCAGCCCUGCCACGCCACGACCUCAGCCACUCCCUGUGAGACCAAAGGCGCCACAAAAACAACCCAAAUCUCCAAUGCCAGCCCAGCACAAUAGAGACCCCCCAGACAUCUAGACGAGGACCACCACCUGGUUUACAAGUUCUGCUGUGAAUCCAGAAACCUGAAGCACUAGCAUCUUGAUUAAAUAGUGAACCGUUAUCCGACAGAAUAUCCCAGGAUAGUUCUGGGUGGGGGGCGUGUGGACCUCGUGUUUAAUGGCAUGUAGGCCUACUCAAAUCUAAAAUGUACUAGCUAUAUUCAAAACAUUUACAGGUUUACCGUUUCAUUUUUACCUUGUGACCUUGAACUUCGAAAUACAUGGUUGUUGAUAUAUUUUCCUCUGAUGGAAUAAUAACCGAAUGCACUGUUCCUUUCCUUAUGAUUAGGUUAAGAAUGAAAAAAAAAAUGUAAUGCAUUGAAAAAAUAAAAAUAAAGUACCAAAUACCAAAUUGUACUUGAAUGUUGGGUCGUCUGAAAUGACUGAAUGGAAUUAUUAUUGGAUGUCAGAAAAAAUGCUGAAAUUAAAGUUAUAUAACUUUAGACUUCUACUUAGCCCUUACAAUUGCAAUUUUUUCAAAGCAGUGAACUAUUUUCAGAUACAUAAA